GAGACCGGGAUCACCGCACGCACUACGCGAUGAAGCUUGCAGUGGUACACAUCAGGCAGGGUGCGCGUCGUGCCUAAUGCAGUGUCCGAUCGCUCGCCUCUAAAACUAUCCGACUAUGGCUGUGAAUCAUGCGUUUAACACGUAAAACAUGUUGUGGAUAUACUGUGGACUGGUUUUUCUGGCCUCGGCCCUGUUCGAAGCCGCUUUGGCAGUCUCAGUCACGUCUAAAAGAGAAGCCGAUUAUACCUUGGAUGAAUCAUUCUGGAUCGAAGAAAGCCCGGCCGGGGAGGUGGAGCGGCUCCUCAGGGAGUACACGCAGAACCAGGAGAUGGUCAGAAACAUCGGCUCUCAUUACUACCAGAUCAUCUAUCCCGUACAGUUACGCCAGCACAAGAAGAUGGGCAUCUCCACUAGGGAGAUAGGGUCGUCUAAGGUACGCAAAGAGCGGAGUACGAGAGGCCAGGUCGAUGGAGGAUACCAAGGCAGGGGUCGGCCGGCUAAAACCGGCAAACACUUCCAUCGUACCUCGCUUCUCCUCAAAGCCUUCAACCACAAGUUUCGCCUGGAUCUUGAACUCAACACGCAACUCAUCGCACCGAACAUCAUGCAGAAACAUUUUCUAGCCAAUGGAGCCGAACAGGUUUCGAAGCAGGAUAUCGAACAUUGCUACUACCACGGGACCGUCCAGGACUACCCCGGAGCCUCGGCCGCCUUCCACACGUGCAACGGCGUCAGCGGCGUCAUCCACUUGGGCAACGAGACGUUCGUCAUCCACCCGUUCUACGGAGGAGACCUCUCGGUCAGUACUGCACCGCAAAAACAGAAACAUCCACACGUGAUAUUUGAAGCUCGAACGAACGCCAACAAAGGUUGCGCCAAUUCGGGCAACAUGGAAUGGCGUCUGAAUACUCACGCGGGUUUCCUUCCGACAUCAUCGAACAUGCGAAUAAAACGUGACGUCCGCGAGGCCACCAAAUACAUAGAAACGGCGAUUGUCAUCGACAAGGCAAUGUUCGAGAAAAGAAACGGCAGCACAAGGACCGACGUCGUCCACGACUCGAUCCAAAUCGCCAACAUCGCCGACCUGUACUUCCGCACGUUGAACACCCGGGUCUCGGUGGUGUACAUCGAGACCUGGCAGGGCGGCAACCAGGCCCAGAUCAACCGGAACGAGGACAUCGGCAGGGCGCUGACCAACUUCAACGACUACACGUCGCGGAAGCUGUUCAAGAUCGACAAGGACACGACGCAGCUGCUCACCGGAGAGGUGUUCGUCGGAGGCGAGGCCGGCAUGGCGGUCCCGGCCACGGUGUGUACCCCCAAAGCCGUGGGCAUCAGCGUGGACAUCAACACCUACGAGCCGCAUCUGCUGGCCGGGACCAUGGCGCACAUGAUCGGCCACAACAUUGGCAUGGGACACGACGACGGCCGGAACGAGUGCCACUGCAGGGACUGGCACGGCUGCAUCAUGGCCCAGGCUAUCAUCGGACAGCACAACAUCCAGCCGUACAAGUUCUCCGAAUGCAGUCGCUCGGAUUACAUCGACAGGCUGAGGACCGGGAACGGGAUUUGCCUGCUGAACAAGCCCAACGAACUAGAGGUGCGGAGGACGUGCGGGAAUCGCAUCGUGGAGGACGGGGAGGAUUGCGACUGCGGGACCAUCGACGAGUGCCCGAGUGUGGACCCGUGCUGCGACCCAAUCACUUGCAAAUUGACGACGGAGGCGCAAUGCGCCUCGGGACCGUGCUGCGACAACUGCAUGCUGAAGCAGAGAGGCGUCGUCUGUCGGGAGCCUUCCAACGAAUGCGAUUUGCCAGAGUACUGCUCAGGAGACAGCGGCGAGUGUCCGGUGGACGUGUUCAAAAAGAACGGACAUCUUUGCGGAUACAAGGGUUAUUGCUUUAACGGAGUGUGUCCCACUUUGGCGCUCCAGUGCCAGAGCAUAUGGGGAUAUGGUGGAACGGCGGCCGACGAUCAAUGUUUCGAAAAGUUCAAUUCGAAAGGUUCGAUCAACGGCCAUUGCGGCAGUGUGGGCAGCAAUACGUUCGUGAAAUGUGCACCGGAAAAUGUCAAGUGUGGGACUUUACAUUGCCAGAAGGGUAAAAGACAGCCUUUAAUAGGAUCGGGUGCAGACCAACCGCCCUUCUCGAGGACAUUCAUCACCAUUCAGGGAACGGAGUACGAAUGCAAAUCCAUUUACAGAUCCUCCUCCGGUGGUAGCGACGAUGGAGAAUCCCACCGCACCGUCGGCCUAGUUCUGGACGGAACACCCUGCGGAGAUAACCUCAUUUGCCUUAAUCAAACUUGCACGAGCAUUUUUCCAUACAUCGACCAAACAAAGUGUCCUACUAACAACCCCAACCUCGAGUGCUCCGGGCAUGGGUUUUGCACGAAUUUGAACAAGUGCUACUGCGAGUUGGGCUGGGGCGGCCCCGACUGCUCGCUUCAAGUGGAGGUGGCGGUGUUGCCGAUGUCGACGCGCGCCCCCGAUACCACUGCGAUUGACCUAACGAAGAGCAUGCAAAAGAAAGAAACCCCCUACGGCAACAACAACUCGGACAACCUGGAAACGCUGACCAUGGUGUUCAUCCUGGUAGGCGUGGUGAAAGGCGUCUUCAUUUGUUUUGCUGUUGUGGCCGUUUGCUACAGCGGACUAUCACGGGUCCAACACGAUAUUUCUCGUGGGUACACUCAUGUCGGUGGUAGGGGGUGUGUUCAUUCUGUUUGCAACUAUGGCCCUUUGCUACAGGUCAGUCGUAGUACACAAAAACUUCUCGCUCUGUCUCAGGUUAGUGAGCAGACCAUCCAGGUAGCGAUCCACGUUCUCAGCAUCCGCUCUCGCUUCUUUCGUUACGUUGCGAUGCGAUCCGUUUUUACUUCUCGUUUGAUUUGCCUCUAAGCUAGUUGUGUGUAGCUCUACUACUUCAACAUUCGGUGACGCAUCGCCGGCCCAGAGCUACGCGACGAUCCGUCACCGACCGAUAUGUGCCUAAACGUAUAUCUGUUUGCGACUGCCACACACAGAUUUACAAUGGGCCGCUCGCAGCGUAAUCGCGGCGAACUAGCGGCACGAAUACGAACUCUCUUUCUGGAUGCCAAAAACAUGGAAAAGGGCACUGGGCCUGGCUGGGCGCUGGUUGGCACGUUAAUUUGUUCAGCGUGCGAAUUAUCGGUCGUGCGGAUAGAUAAUUUAGUUUCGAGUUUUGAUCGCGCCAGAUAUUAAAAAUCCGACUAUAACCAUGUCAAAAUCCAAUUUGAGUUCGUAUUUUACGCCUGUGUAAUUGACGCAGUCAAUAAAUGCCCCAUCAGGUUGGACGUCGAUUUGAUUAUGAAUCGUGUAUCGCAACCCCCUCCCACCGUAAAUGAUUGGGAUGCUGCGGUAAAAUUGUAAAUCUUUCAAACUCCACCUCAAACCUAAGCAUGCAGCAUGCGCCAUCUUUUUCAGCUGAACGAAUCACCCCCCAACGACAAUAUCCACUUAAAUCAAUCGCCUACUCAUUAUCUUCUACGAGCGACUCGAAAGAGAUGUCGUUUGUAGGUGUUUUGUUUCAUGUAGCUCGAUAUAUUGCAUGCGCUCGGGAUUUAAUGUCAUGUAUAUAUGCAUAAGAGUGAGUUAUGCAAUGUGGGAAUGUCUGUUUCUGUCUCUAUUAGCCACUGCUGCCUUAUGAAUGCGAGCAGAGUGUAUGCGCCCUUUCUAACCUCACCCCAGAAUUCACUAAACUUACACAACACACUUACUUACAUAAAUUAUUCAAGUCACAGACACGCCGCUUCCAUACCUGCAAAAGUCAAAAAUAAAAACCAGAACUUUGUCACAUUUUUUACUCCAAUAACUGGGCAUGUCCUUUGUAUUCUUCUUCUUCAUGUUCGACGCCAGACGCGGCGAGCUAGCUCGACUCGAGCCGCCCCUUGUUAAUUGAAAACAGGCGCAGGAAUAUCGUAUUCCUGAUGACGCCAUGAUACGUGACCACCUCGAAAGACACAAUAAAAGAGUCGUUCUUGGAGGAUGAUCAGGUCUUAACAAGCCGUAAACGAAGCCGUUUAUUUCUCCUCGAGUCGAGUCCGCCGCGUCGUUCGAGAUCAAUUAUUAAUCCGGUUCUUCGUUUUCCUCCAUUUUUUGUUCG